AUGAAGAACAUGUUCAGUGAUCUGACCAAGAAGCAGUCUGAUGCAUUGACCCGGCCGUUCUCGGACUCCAUCCUUCGCAUGUUUGCAGAUGUGACGAAGCAGGACCUCAUCAUGAACAACUACAUUGUGAGGUCGGUGAAAUCCACAGCAGGGUCCUCGAAGCCUUCCAAGAAGGACAAGACGGAGAAGCCAAAGCCUUCCAAGAAAAAGGGCGGCAAAAAGAGCAGUAUGUUUCCACGAGCGGAGCAACAUGCCGGUGGCGGACAUGACACAGGCCGUGUGAGCGAAGAUGAAGAUGCUGAUGACGACCUGGCAAAUGAGCUCUUCGUGGGCUUUCAAACGGGUGUACCUUGUACUCUUCAGCUUAUGCGAAUGUAUUCCUUACAUGUAGGAGGCGAGGCCUUCUUAGGAGGUCAUCCACUUGAUGCUGAAGAUGCAUACUGCAACAUGCUGGCCGAUUUCUGGCAAAACUAUGCAGCUAUAAAUCCGGAAUGUGCUGUCUUCAAGAGACCUGACUACAGCAGGGAGCUUGCCAGCCGGCUGAUACCAAUGGCAGUUCAUGGGGACGAGGGACGUGGCAAGGCCAAACACCCCAUCAUGAUACUGUCGGUGCAACCUGUAAUCGGACCGAAAGGUCCCGAUUUUGUGAACACCAGUGGGUUGAAGGAGUAUCCAGGAGGAUGCGGGAAGGGACAUGAUUGUGGUGUCAUGAAUGCAUGGCUGGAAGAGCUAUACGAUCUGGAGCUGCAGCUCAGCAAAGACAGCGCCGUCAUUCUCAAUUCCCUUUGCUCCCUGGCCCUGAACAUGUACCCACAGUACCAAUAG